AUAUAUAUAUAUAUUUUUUCCAGACCGUAUAACAAUGAAGACUUCCAGCAGUCCGCCUGCGGGAACUGACAGAAAUCCGUUCGUCCACGAGCUGAAGUUUUCCAUGACAGACAAAAUAAAGAUCGGAGUCAUGUCAGUUACAGUUUUUCCAGUCCGCCUGCUGUUGGUCUCUUUCUUCAUGCUGCUGGCGUGGCCUUUCGCCUUCACGGCUUCGCUGGGACGUUCUGAGCUUGUCCCCGAUCCACAGUCAUGGUGGAGGAGAAUAAUAGAUCUUUGUCUUCGGGUCAUUAUGCGAGCCAUGUGGUUCUGUGGUGGCUUCCAUUGGAUCAAAGUGAAGGGGGAGCGAGCGCCGCCUUCUGAAGUUCCCAUCCUCACCGUAGCGCCGCAUUCCUCCUAUUUCGACGCCAUCCCAGUCACCAUGACCAUGUGCUCCAUUGUCACCAAGCUGGAGAGCCGGAGCAUCCCAGUCUGGGGCAGCUUUCUAAAAUGCAUCUCUUCCUCAUGGCCUCCCCCAGCUCUGAUCAGCUACAUCAGGCCCGUGUUGGUAUUCCGGUCGGAUCAGAGCUCCAGGAGAAAAACUGUUGAGGAGAUCAAACGUAGAGCCCAGUCUGGAGGAAAGUGGCCCCAGAUCAUGAUAUUCCCUGAGGGGACGUGCACCAACAGGUCGGCUCUCAUCUUAUUCAAGGCUGGUGCUUUCAUCCCAGGACUCCCAGUGCAGCCAGUGGUGCUGCGAUACCCAAACAAACUGGACACUGUUUCGUGGACGUGGCGCGGCCCUGGAGCGUUUAAGAUUUUAUGGCUCACUCUGUGUCAGCCUCACAACUCCGUAGAGAUCGAGUAUUUACCCAUCUACCACCCGUCAGUGAAGGAGAGGGAAAACCCUGCUCUGUUCGCCAGCAACGUCAGGAAGCUCAUGGCCGAGGCGCUGGAGGUUCCCCUCACAGACCUGUCCUUCGACGACCGGGACAUCAUCCUGUCACACGGCCCGCUGAGGAUACACGACCGCACCAGCCUGCUGCACUUCAACCAGCUGCUGGGGCAACUGGGGUUAAAGUCAGGGAGUGGAGGCGACCGGCCCCAAGAGGAGGCCAGAAGGGCCGCCAAGCUGCAGGGGGACAGACUGGGACUGGAGGACUUCGCCCAGUUUCUCAGCCUUCCAGUUACAGACACGCUCAGACGAGUCCACAUGCUCUUCCAUCAGGAUGGAGACGGAAAGAUAGACGUCAGACACUAUGUCACCGCUCUGUCUACUGUAAAGCGACCUCAUAAACCCUUGGACACAUUAAAGCUGGCCUUCCAGCUGUACGAGGACGACAGCGGGGGAGUCACAGGAGACGACCUGGCCGCCAUCUUAGAAAUAAUGUUGGGAGUAAAGGAGGUGGAGCUCUUUCCUCUGUUCCUUGAACUUGAAGCUCAACACACAGCAAAGAUCACUUAUGAUGAGCUUCAGCGUCUCGUAGAGAAACGUCCACACUUCUCUGUGGAUUGCCUCAGUUUUAAGGAUCAUCCUCGUGGCGGCUGCAUCGGUCGACUCAACGGCUGCAAUGGACACAACAAAGACGACUAAAUAACAGGCUCCAUGUUCUUAUGCCUGGUUUGAUGGUUCUAUCAAGAUGUUGUGAGUCGCCUGCCACUUCUGUGCCUUAAAGUGCAGGAAAAGAAAGAAAGAAAGUCUUCAUUCAGUUUUCUCUGCCUUUUGUUUUAGAGCAUACUUCGGUGUAAAGAAGCAUUUUUUUUUAAAAAACCGAAUAUAUAUAAAAGAUUAAUAAUUUCUUAUACCACAAUUCAAAAUUUUAAGAAGUCAGUUUUAUAGUUUCCUCUAAGUAGAAAGCUCUCAGGUCCACCAGCUCACUUAUCUUUACUUCUGAAUGACACAGCAACAUUCCCAGUGACAGAAAAAAAACCUGUUAAAUAGCAAUGUUGUUGUUGCUUUACUGCAACAUCAACUGCUCUAUGCAAGGAGCAAAACUGGUGUGGUGGUUUUAUUAAACGCUUAAGAAGGAGAAGAAGAGUCGUGCUCCUAGAACCGGUUUAAAACAAACAGAAAGAAAACUGUGAGAAUGAUAAACUUUCUACAGGGCUGCAGUAAAAAGGUAAGACGAAGGAUACUGUUGAAAGAAUAGCUCAGCUCUGUGGUCUUUUUCUCAAAGUCAUUUUGUCAGAUCCUUGUUUUUUUUUUUGUUUUUUUUUUCAUUAGUCAUGAUGAAGACUUUUCCUACCCUGUGACUGCACUGCGUCACUGUUACGUUUCUCUGUUUCUGAACAGGGAUCAUUAACACAACCGUCAGAUUCCAGAACUUUUAUUAUUGUUGUUCAAUUAAAAUUCUUUCACUUGUA